UGGAAGCACCAGGUGAAGACCUCCUCAGAGGCUGAGCGUUGAACUCGCUUAUUUCCUACCGUCUUCUGUCUCAUUUGCCCAGUGCAUCUAGUUGAUCUCUAUUAGCCUGGUGUCACACUUAAACCUACACCAUCCAGAGUCACGAUAUCUUCCCCAGUGUGUGUGCCAGCCAGCAAACACCCAAACUGAUGAGGAUCGUCUGAUCAAGUUAAAAAUAAGUUCCUUGUUUUUUUUUUUUUUUUUUUUUUUCUUUUGCCAAGCGGAAAGAAUGUCGGAAAGGGCCGAGGAUGACGUCAGGGGGGAGCAGCGCCGAGCGGCCAGGCAGCAGCUGAAGCAGCAGCAGAUCCAGCGGGGAGAAGGCUCCACAGCAAUGGCGACUGUUGCGGAGCGGAGAUCAUUGCCUAGUCCUGAAAUAAUGCUGGGACAGCCUUGGAGCAACUGGGUCGACGCCACCAAACUCCACGGACACGACGGUGCCGAACAUGAGGAAAGUUUCAAAGACUUGGGGAAAAAUCGAGAAGCCAUGCGUUUAUGCAGAGAAGACAUGCCCAUAUUUGGUCAGUGUCCCUCCCAGGACGACUUCUACCUGGUGAUGUGCAGCCACUGUGGUCAUGUGGUCAAACCGCAAGCCUUCCAAGCACACUACGAGAGAAGACACAGUUCGGCCAGCAAGCCAGCCUCCACAUCGCCAUUCCCUGUGUCGGGCAAAAACCGAAGCAGCGGCAGUGGGCUCAGGCCUGGGCUGGGCUCGGGAACUGCGGCUGGAGUGACAAGUGGAGGCAUCCUUUGCCGGCCGUCCACUGCCGGCUCUAGUUUAACCUCGUCUUCAUCUUCCUCCUCCAAUCCAAAACUUUUCAAAUCCGCCAAAGACAAGCUGCCAGGCAUUCAGCGACGACCCCCCUUUACUCCAUUCAGGAUAAUCCAGCCAGAUAAAAUCCUCACCCCGGCUGUAAAGGUGGAGAAGAUGCAUCUGAGGGUGGAAUCGUCAGCUAAGCUGGUGCAGGCUUCAUCUGCCCCUGCCACCACCUCAUCCUCCUCUUCUACAUCCUCCUCUAGCACCACUGUGAGCUCCAACACUACCGCUAUCACAACCUCUUCCUCCGUCUCAUCAGCCCUUAAACCAGGCCUUAACUGUCCCUCCAUACCAAAGCCCCCUUUGCUGGCCCCAGGUCAGAUUCCCAACGGCAAGGGCCUUCUCUCAGACAAGAAGCAUGACGGCAGCAACAGCAGCAGCACCAGUAGCAGACGCCACUUUAGCAAGAAAGUGUCAGAGCGCGAGUUCAAUCCAGACAUUCAUUGUGGCGUUAUGGAUGUGACGGCUCGGAAACCCUGCACAAGAUCUCUCACAUGCAAGACACAUUCCUUAAGCCAGCGGAGGGCGGUGCCAGGGCGAAGGAAGCGUUUUGACACACUGCUGGCAGAGCACAAGAACAGAGCAAGGGAGCGGGAGAGGGAGCGAGACCUCCACCAACCUCAUUCCCAACAAAACGCCCCUCUCAGGGACCCACACCCCUCUUCCCACCUCGUCCCUGGCCAUGAAGCCCACCAGGUGACUCAUGGCAACGGCCCUGCCCUAGAUGCCACUAAGCCUUCGCCACUUGGAAAACCCAAAUUUCACAGUCCUGGUCUUCCACGACUAAAUAGCAGUCACGGAGGUGGUUCUUCUGGAGACUCUGCAGUAGUACAAGAGUCACAGCACCAUCUGCAAACUACCCCCGAUGGUUUCUCCAGACCCUCCAGUGAUGAAGGAGAGAACGAGGAGCGAGAGGACAACGCAGACAAACUAGACUGUCACUAUUCAGGUUAUCACCCACGACCGGCAGCUUAUUGUAACUUUGGAAGUCGACUGUUUGGGAGAGGCUGUUACUCCUUUGACAGGCGAUGGGAUAAAGUGCGAUGUGCUCUAACCACGAUGAUGGAAAAGCAUGUCAACUCUCAGAUGUGGAAAAAAAUCCCCUUGGCCUUGGAGAACUCCUCCUCUGUUGUACCUACCCAUAGGACAAGCACAAAUUCCCACAGUAGCACUCCCUCUUCAGGCUUCCUGAGCCCUCCUGCCACCUUACCCCAAACUCCUUAUAGCCAGUCUUAUGAGGGCAAGUCAGUGCUCUCCUAUGGGACCACGUUAAAUGCUCGCAGCUCCCCACAGGGCGGGGCUGAGCACCCGGCCUAUGGCACCACGCAGGCCCGACAAGUGUCUUCGUCGCCGCAGAUGCCUUCAGCCCACUUGUCCUCAUCCUCUUCUUCAGCUCCUUCCCUAGCCUCAGGCCGGGCGCUUAAGUCUCGUUCCUCCAGCAGCAGCACUACCAAGUCAUCUUUGUCGUCAUCAUCAUCUUUCAGGCCCAAGGAGAUGUCGUCUGGCUCCUCCACACCUGUCAUCCCCAACUCCGCUAGUGGAGGAAGCAUUGGGGCAAACAGUAACAGUAGCAGCACUAGCUUCAGCUCGGGGAAGAAGAGGAAGAACAGCUCCGUUCUCUCUUCGUCCCAUGGCUCCUCUGAAUCCUCCUCAUCUAAUGCCAAUUUCUCUUCCUCCUCGUUCAAAAAGAACUGUGCAAAUGUUGGCAGCUCAGGGAGCACCUAUCACCACAGCUCAUUAGGUCUGUCAUCCUCGUCGUUAUCCUUCUCCCACAGUGGAGUCCACAGUGUGGGGCUUAACUGCGGCCCCAAUGUGCGGACCAACUCACUUAGUCUCAAGGCAGAGCAGUCUGGAGGUUCAGCUGGCGGCUCCUCUGGGCCACCAGCACGAGGUCCUCCCUCGGGCAGUCCUGCAGAGUCCAUCAAGCGUAUGAGUGUGGUGAUGAACAGCAGUGACUCAACUCUUUCCCUGGGGCCUUUUGUUCACCAUCAGUCAUCAUCAUCAACCGACCACCACACCAGCUUUAGUCACCACUCCACAGACGGACGCCUGGAGGGCAAGAAGCGCAAAAGCUCUUCUGCCUCCAGUGGCAUUAACAGUGGAGGCGGAGGAGGAGGAGGACCUGGACCAGGUAGAUCCAAAGUGGCCAAGUCACCUGCCAUAAACAACAUCCAUGGGAAGCAAGGGCGAAGCAUUCCAGGGACACCAGGACUACCCAACAACACCCAUUUACAUCAGCCAAAGGCUCGUCCCUGACAGCGGUGUCUGGCGUCCGUGUUUGGAACUGGCAGGCGGAGAAUAGGAGCUGUUCAUGUACUGCUCUGGACUGCACGAGGCCUUCUAAAAUGAAAUCCACAUUACUCUCAGCUUCCCACAAUCCUCAGGGUGGAGAUGAUCUGGACUGCCCAGUGAAGUAGAUGUGGUCCUUACUAUUUCUCCCAAAGCCAUGUGUGUGAGUGUGUUUGCGCGUAUGUGGGUGCUUGUAUGGGUGGGGCACUGAAUGGGGACAGGGGUCCAAUGAGCGAGCCGAGAAUCCCCAAUGCAAGUCUUGUCCCAAUAUUUUGAGAGGUCUUCCCAGGUGGUUGGAGGUGGAAGGAUGAAUUGCAGCAGCCACAGGAUCUCGUAGGUCCUGUGGUUCAGGUUAAUGGCUGCCACAACCAGCCAUCACGACACUGAGCAAAUGGGGAAACGGCAAGUCGAUCUCUUCCGCGUGCGUUGAGGAAUGGGUGUGUUAAUGUGUGCCUGCAAGUAUUUUUUUCCUCAUGUCAGAUUCUGCUGGACUACUGGAAUUUCCAAACUUAUUUACACCCCCAGCGCCUGAUCUCAGAAGCCUUGCAAGGAGAACAGGAGGAGGAACAAACUGUUAUUUGCAAACCUUAAACAACGCCCAAUCAGCUUGUUGUUUUCACUCUUCGCUAGUCACAUGUUUAGUAAAUUCUGGUUACAUGCAGUAGCCUGAGACAAGCCCAUGGGGAUGAUCUGGCCAAUUUAAUCACCCAGAAUAAUUAUGCAAGUGUUACCUUUUUAUGAUUUCUUAUGAGCUUUUUACACUGAACUACAAAGGCUUUUUGUAGACUUGGUGAAGACGGUUGUGCUUUUAAAUGUGAAAAGGACACCUGAUGUGCCCAUUUGAUUAAUACUUUUGUCAGAGAGAUAGCGUGGUCCUGGAGGGACACUUGUUAAUUUCCUGAAUCUUUUCAUCAUGCAGAAUGAAAGCCACAGUAGACCUGCCCCCAACUGUGAACAGCAUUAAGUAACUACUUUUCUCCACAGGCACUGCUUAGCUGUCCACAAAAGCUGCCACAGCUUUGCCAACUACUUGUUUUUUUAUUUAAAAAAAAAACAUAAAUGAGAGGAAUCUUGCUCAUAAAGUGGUGAAGGAGCAUUGUGGAUAUGAGGAAAAUCUGUGCAGGCUGUGUUGCUACAGCCGCAGCUUACCUAAAGUACUCUUUGUUUUACCCACACAGCUGUAUGUCCUUAGCUGCAUGUGGGCAGAUGUGAAUUGUAAUGUUUUAUUUGUCCUUCAUAGGGAUUCAGGUAUGGUACGUCUUAACUGGAACAAACUUGCACGUUACUUGUCUUCUGUGGGCUGGAUUGUCCCUCCUGUUUGUAACCACUACCCAGUCUCAUGAUGGUAACGUUUGAAUGCAUCACCGUAACACUAGGUUGAGGUUUGUCACAGUGGCCAGGCAUUAUACUAUAUUCCUUUGUCAAAAUGGAGUCUUAAAUCAGGCAAUACUUGCUUCUAUUUUUGGGAUGUUUGCUUAUUAAAAGUGAUUCUGGGAGUUUCUUGGUGCGAGAUUCAUGGAGGCAGUUUCACGGGAAACCUUCGGCAACACCCGUUUUAUGGAACCCACACUGAUGUCAAAUGGCGUAGAAAAGUUUUGAAUAGUUUUUUUUUUUUUUAAGAAUCUUUAAUUUACGUUUUGUCCCUUGUAGCCUACUUAUCACACAAGUAUUGAAGUAUCCCUAUUUGAGAAUACAUAUUUUGUUAACAAAUUGUACAUAGUAAAGUAUGUAUUUUUGCACAGGCAUUUUUCGUACACGCGGAACUUUUGGUACAAUUUUGAAAAUCAUUAUUUAUUUUAUAAAAUAAAAAAUAAAAAAAAAGAUUAAAUGUCACAGGACAUGACUAUUUGAAGUGGUUCACUGCCAAGUCUAUACAAUGCAAUACACCGAUAUGUAGAGGCUGAAGCAUCCCGUGAAUCGUGUACUCGGAUCCUUUAAGGGGGGUGUUGCCGCUGUAGCAUGUGUCUGUAUGACAGAGGGUACCUUUAUUCACUUUUCAAGGUCUCAGUCACACUUGCUUUUACAAGGUAUUUUAUGUUGCCUAUGAAUCGACACAACAAAAAAGAAGCCACGCUGUGACUCAGUUAGUCUGCAAAUUUGAAAUGUCAUGCAGGUUUGAAUCUGUGCACUGUUCGAGUCAUUCGCUGUGUAGACCUUAAAUCCAUUUCAUGAUUGAAACACUUGUUCUUUUCUAAAGGCUAAAGGGACUUAGCAAUCGUUGCAAGGAAGAGGAACGCUUCCAACAAUCCAACUGCUUGCAUCAUCGUUGCCAAACAAGUAAUUUGAAUCACAUCUUUUAAAGAAUGAGUUUAGCAGCUUUUGAAAGAAAUAUCAAAAUAAGAAAGUGCCUGAAUUUGUUUCACCGACUGUUCCGAGGACAGUAUUCUUUGGGUUGCUUGACCUUACUUGAAUGUUCAGCGUAUUUAGGAGUUUGGUUUUAAAUCUGCCUGUGAACCUAAACGUGGUAAAAACCUGAGUUAGUCAGCUGCCCAGUAUGAAACUUUUCUUUUUCCAGUUUUCCGGACCAGAUGUUUUAGAUUUUGUUACCCUAAUGUGUGCUUUAAGCCCUCUCUGGUUUACUGAGAUUUGUAAAGAAAAAUUUUAGUUUACUUUGAAAACUCCAGAGAUCUUAACUGUUUCCUGUACAUGGAAACAUUGCAAGGGUGUUUUCUUUAUUCACACCGUAGACUUGGAAUGUGAAUGUGAGGAAAAAUACAGCUGAUGUCUGGGAAGAAAAAAAAAUCCAUUCAUACUAUGUAAAAGCGUGUAUAGUUUUCUUCUUUUUGUAUACUUUAUCAGAAUCAUUUUCAGCUGGACUUAUGUAUUGGCUGCUAUGUAAUUCAUGAACAAAACAUAGGUUAGAAUUAAUAUUUAAAGAAAA